CGCGAGGCCACGCCCCCCUCUGCUGGGGUCCGAGCACCGGAAGUGACGAGCAGGAAGCGGAAGUGGCUGCGAGCGUGGAGUGAGGAUGGAGUCCAGAGGAGCUUCUUCUCUGUUGAAAGACAGUAUCCCAAUUACUGAUUUUUCACUUCCUGGAUCAUUUGAAGCUCAUGGUCUGCGCAGAGGGUUUUCUUGUGUGAAAAAUGAGUUGGUGCCCAGCCACCCACUGGAGUUGUCAGAAAAAAAUUUCCAGUUAAAUCAAGAUAAAACAAACUUUGCCAUGCUGAGAAAUAUUCAAGGACUCCACGCGCCCUUAAAGCUGCAGAUGGAACUCAGAGCAGUGAAACAGGCCCAGCGUCUCCCAUUUCUUCACAGCUCAAAUAUGGCACUGGAUACUCUGAGAGGAAAUGAUGAAUGCAUCGGUUUUGAGGAUAUUCUUAAUGAUCCUUCACAAAGUGAAGUUAUGGGAGAGCCCCACAUGAUGAUGGAAUACAAACUUGGUUUAUUGUAACAAAAUGUACUCCAGAAUGUUUUGUGUGUGUCUUUAUACUGCAGAUCUAAAUAUGUGUUCACUAAAUUGACUCUCAGCGUCAU